GGACGGGCGGUGUUCGCGUAGCGAUCGCUGGUGAUAUAUGGUUGGCGUGUAAGAUAAACGUCGUACGCGCGGCGUGAUGAGUUUGAUAGCGACAACGAUCGACACCGAGUGACGCGCUUCCUCCUCCUCCUCCUCCUCUUCCUCUUCCUUUACUCCUCUCAGCGUACCCGGAGUAAAAAAAUCCGGAGUAAAAAAAAACCACGAGAGCGACCAUUCGACAUGAGACGAGAGAGAGAUGCGAUCGAGGAGAGUCCCGUGACAAAAUAAAGUCUCGCCAGGCAUUUAGGUGUAUUAUUAUGGCAGAAUGGACGAACGUAAAUUGCUACCGUUGCUGAUACUCUUUCUGGCAGGAUGGCAGGAAGCAUUGGCUGUGGUACCAAUGCGAUACAUUGCUGUGGACGUGGGUAAAGAUCUGAAACUGGCCUGUGCUGAGGAGAGUGAUCUUUCACAUUAUGAGGAAUCCAAUGUGAUGUGGAUAAGAGAGGGACGGGAGGACAGACAGGUAGAACGGCUGAAAAUUGAACCGAAUGGUGUGCUGGAACUGUUAAAUGUUAGCGUGGAUGACGCCGGCAAUUAUUCAUGCACUUUGGACGAUACUGUGAAAGCUAAGAUCAAUGUGGAAGUCAAAACACCUCCCCCAGCCCUGCACAAUGUAUGGGUCAAGCCAUCCACAAUAUUGGCCAACAUUCUCUGGGAAGUGACUGGUACCGGCGGAUAUCCUAUCAUAGACUUCACUGCCGAAUAUCGUUUGAAACCAGUCGCGGGUGAAGAACCGGAAGAAUGGAAGCCCAUUAUUCCGACACACAUUCCUCCAAAUUCUAGACAGAUAGAUGUGUAUCAUUUGGUGCCAAACACUACAUACUCGUUCCGAGUGUGGGCAACCAAUCAGUUAGGAAAAGGAGAGAUCGUGGAGGUCGAGGGUCACACGCAUUACAGUGUAGAAGAAUUGGAGCUCGCCCGACACCUCUUAGCUGGCGUAGAGAAUUUCGAUACACGCGUCUGGGUGGCAGCCGUAGGUAUAGUGAUGGGCACACUUAUGAUUCUUGGUUUAGGUACUUGUUACCUACUGUAUCGCGAGUGCAAGGCACCCUCGCAGCUGGAGGAGCAGGAGGUGAUUGAGCUCGUCCCCAACAUCAUUCUGAAUCCGGGAUUUUUCGACGAGCGCACCGAGCACGUACCACAAGAUGAGAACUUCAAUAAUCAGACGACUACACGCCUCAACAACAACAGCGUCGUGCAACCUAGACGGCUUUAGCGUUUUUUGUUUAGCUUAGACUUGCUCCGCUCCGAAGUGAGUAAAUUGGACGUAAUUUUGUACGUCAUCUCGAACGUAAGUAAUUGAAUUUAAUCGGAAAGGCCUCGAGUUUGUUUACAAAGAAAAAAUAAAAAACGAUGAUGGACGAAAUUGAUAGACUAAAAAACGCAAGACUAUUAGCGAUCAUGGCGAAAGGAGAAUACGUUUCGAGGAAAUUUCGGAACACUUCAGCAGUCCAUCAAUAGCUUCAAGUGCCUCGCUAGUUUCCUCGACUUUUCUCUUGCAAUCAGAGAUCGAACGAAAAAAUGGCUUCUAUUCUAAAAGAGUUUUCGCAAAAACUCAUAUCUCUUUAAUGCGAUUUUAAGGAUUCCAAUAUUAUAUUAUUAUAAUAUUUGUAAAAAAUUGCUAUUAUUCUUGGAAAAUUUACAAACAAUUUCAAGGAUAAAGCGUAAGUAGAUUUUUAUAUGUGCAGUAAUAUAGAGAAAAGUGUAAAAUAGAUAGAUUAAAGCUCAUUUUUGAGAACCUGUGGGAGUUAUAUCUAUCAAAAUAUAAUGAUAUUAACGUUAUGAUUUUAAACUUGUAGAAACAAACGAGACUGUCGAAACAGAAGAAAUUGAGAAAAAAAAGAAAAUGAAGGUUCUCGAUUUUAGAUUCUCGUUCGAUCUCUGAUGUUACAACGCAACAAUGAAGUGUUCAAAACCAGAAUGUAAGACUCUAUGUCAGAUUUCUUCGCGAGAGGAGGUAAUAGAUUUUUUUAGAAAUGUUUACUGCAGGACGUUCUUUGUCUUUCUCGCGUAUAGUUUCUCAAUGAGACAUACACAAUGAUUGCUCAGUGACCGAGCUUAAAAGGAAGUAGAACUCCUGUGAGCCAAAAGAAUUGUAGUAAGACUGUAACUUAAGAGUAUAAUUUAAAAGAACUCAAAGUGAAUCACGUGAUGAUCGAACGAUAUUCAAAAAAGAGAAAGAUGUUUUGCACUUGUUUAUCUUUUUGAAAAAGUAACUCAAUGUGCGCGAAUGGCAUGCGAGUAUUAGGAUUGUUUUAACAUGCUCAUUUAUCAUUUAAGCAAUCGAUCGUACAUAUAUAUUUAUAUAUAUACAGUAUGACAAACUUACUGCCGUUUUUAAGGUGUGCACAAGUCGUUGAAAGAUCUUUUCUAGGAAUAUCUGCGAAAAUUGUUUUUUUUUUUUUUUUUUUUUAAA